AAAAUAUUUAGCAAGAGAUGGACCAAAAGCAUUUGAUGGUAAUAUUAAUGAUAAUAUUUUAAGAGAUACUAUGUUGAGGAAUAAUAAGCUUUACAUAGAGCAGCUGCAGUUUAUGGUUCUGGGUUGGCUAUGUAAUUAAACUUGGAGAGAAACAUCCUAGGAGCUCCUGGAUAAUCUUCAUAUAUUCAUUUAGAGAUUGCUAUGAAUAAAUUGGAGGAUAUUGAUGAAUUAGAUUUUAUGGGAAAUAAGAAACUUGAACAAGAAUUCGUCAAGGGAUUUUAAUAAAUAUGAAACAUUAGUAUUAUUAAAUAA